CAGGAUUACAAGAGUCUCCUCAAUUGAACGCAGAGAAGUUACACGUUCGGGUAUCCUGUAGGACACUGCUGCUUUUGGACAAACAAACAAACAAACAAACAAUUUGAGAACUUGACCCUGGCUACUUUUUCGGUACGUGAAUCUGAAGCGUCAGUAGAUUAGAUGCGUUUGGGUGACACGAGUCGACAUCAGGUCUGCUGUGCUGCUAUCAUUGGAUUAAAUGUCGUCUGUUGCUGCUGAUGGUCUCUGCUGCUGCGCGCCCUGCAGCCUCCAGCUCAAAUGACUAAUGUGGUUCCUGAAUACACGCCUGCUCUGAAGUGAAGACAAACUUACUUCAUUUUAGACUUCAAGUCGUCAUGAUGACUCGGAUUUUCUGGGACACUAUUUUCCUUUUAAGUGGUUCCCUCUUUACAUUUGGAGCAGGGCCCAGCAAUUCAACAAUCAUUGAAGCCAGCAUUUCCAUCGACACACACUCCACUGCUUCUCCGAGCACUUCCACAAGCAGCUCUAAAAGCACCAGCACCCGAAGCGCAACUACCACAAGCUUUUCAACAACUGCGACCACCAUCCCUCCAGUUACAAGUUCCUUCUAUAAGUUUCGAGCAGAGCCAACAGUUGUUAAGCCUGGCGUUUCAGUCACCAUAUCUUCCGCUGCUGUUCUGAGCACCUCAACAUCCAGCUCUGGAACAACCAGCAGCGGGAGCACGACUACCACAACCACCUCAACGACUGCAGCUAACAUCUCUCCAGUUAAAAAGUUUGUGGCAGCGGCUGUUCGGUCUCACUUUGACGACUGUCCCGACUCCCACCGCCACUUCUGCUUCCACGGCACAUGUCGCUUCCUGAUAUUAGAAGAUACGCCUGCGUGUGUGUGUCAUCCGGGCUUUGUGGGGAUGAGGUGUGAGCAUGCGGACCUGCUGGCUGUAGUAGCAACGAACCACAGACAGCAGACCGUCGCCACAGUGCUGGUGUUGUGUGUGAUCGGAUGUGUUCUCAUCAUGGUGCUGUGUACACUUCUACACUGCUGGUGGAGGCAGGACUGUCGCAGGCGGAGGCACGCGCAUCACUUUGUCACAGAGAAGCACGGAGCAUCCUUCUAUCCUUCUGAGAGCGUGGUUUGAGAAGACGUCUUACUUGGACAUGAGCUGGAUGCAUCACAGCGUGUUUAGUUUUCUUCAUGUGUCCGGUGCACAGAGCCUCAGGACUGUUUCCAAAGUGCUAUCCACAUGUAUGGAUCGAAGAGAUGUGGCCAUGUGCAAAGAGGUCAAAUGUUCCUGGUAAUAUAUGAUUUUUUCCACUGAGUGACUUUUGACCUGCAGAACCUUAGGAACGUGCUCACGUCUGUCUUUGAUUCUGAGGAAAAAACAGCAGAACUGCAACAGUGAGUCUGAACUCUGAGGAUGAAGCUGGUGCUGAACCCUACACGAGAGGAGCGCUGUGUUUCCUCACUCUUGUUCAUGGCUGGCCUAGAGGAUAUUAGAAAUGAUCUUACAGGGACGUUCAUCAUCGUGUGGGAGCUGUUGAAUUGGAACUUUGUUUACUUGCGGACUGCAGGACAAUGAUAAUUCAUUUUCUUAAGUCAGACAACCCCAAUUCCUCUUUUUGUCUUUUAAUAAUGUUGCACAUUUUUUUCAUCAGAAGCACAGAGGACAUUUUUAAGAAAAAAAUGGUGGGAAAACUGAUGCUUUAAAAACCUUUUUAGUGUCUGUUUUUUAAAGGAGGAACUCACUUCACCUGACAUGAGUAGGAAUUGUGAAAGACUGAAUACUUUAAUGGAUUAAAACCCUGCAAUCAAUAAUUCUAGACAGAGUUUGCAACGUAGAAUUCUAGUAUGCUUUUUUUUAUGAUGAUACAGGUACGUUGGACUCCAGUGUUCUUACUGAAGCUGCAAUAUUUGUCAGUUUUGUGUUUUUAUUCCUGAGCGGUACUUGAAUGUGUUCAUGCAUGAGAGGUUUUUUUUUAUUUAAUUUUGCGUGCUAUAACUUUAACAACACAUAUACACAAACACAGAGGGAGGCCACAUUGUUCCUAUUGGCCUAUUAUAUUGUUGCACUUUUUUUCUGCAAGCUUGCUCUCUAUUCUUAAAAGAACUGCACUUAUGGUACAAUGUAGUCACGUGGAAAUAAUAAAAUCCUAAUGAGAGAUGCCAAAUACACUAGUUUCUAACAUUGCCUGAAUGAGCGCUGAAAGGAAGAGGCAUGCUGUUCGUACACUUCCACCUAAGCAUGCAUGCACUUAAAUCACAGUUUCGACUUUUUAAAGUACAAAAAAACUUUUUUAUUUCAAGAGUUUUCUGUUAUAGCAUUGGCUCUGCUUUAAAUUUGAAUACUAUCGAAGCCUCUGAUGGAGAAUUCAAAUCAAACUAUUUAAAAUUUUCUCUAAAUUGAUUCAGGAAUACAAAACAAUGAUUUCGAACUGACAGUAGAGUGUUUAUGCUCUUUGUGUGAUCUGAUUAAAAAAAAAAGUCCUUAAAAUGAAUGUGAUGGUAUAUUUAUGCCAUGAGACUCUGUGUGAGAUGAAACGUCUUUGUUUACAGUAGGCGAUGAUAUUUACAAUCAGCAUAGGUGUAAAAUAUUUUUACAGCAUUGAUAUGUAAAUAAUGAAUUCACACAGGGAUAUGAA